UUUGACUCUUCAGUGUUAGAAGAUAAAAAAGAACGAAUGGCACAAACACUUCUAAAAAAGAAACACAUUAAAUUUUUUGAAAGAUGUCUUCAGAUUCUGCCCUCUCGCUACUGUUCUCUGGACAACAACAGAAUGACCGUAGGAUUUUUUGGAAUCUCUGGAUUGGAUAUGCUGGACUCACUUGAGGUUCUAGAAAGUGACAAAGAAAAUAUUAUAAAUUGGAUAUACUCCCUGCAACUUCUACCAGAUGAUGAUGAUAGUAAUAUACACCAGUGUGGCUUUAGAGGCUCUACAACAUUAGGAAAUCCAUUCAAGGCUGAAGAGGCAAGAAAACAUCCAAUUCCACUUGACUCAGGACAUAUUGCCAAUACAUACACAGCUUUGUUGUCAUUGAUUAUAUUAGGGAAUGAUUUGUCAGGUGUAGACAAGAGAUCUGUCACUACAGGACUAAGAUAUCUACAGCAAGAGGAUGGAAGUUUCUGUUGUGUUCCAGAAGGCAGUGAGAAUGACAUGAGAUUUGUUUAUUGUGCCUGCUGUAUAAGUUUUAUAUUAGAUGACUGGACAGGUGUUAAUAAAGACAGAGCUGUUCAAUUCAUUAAAAAUAGUAUGUCCUAUGAGGGAGGUAUUGGUCAAGGACCCGGUACAGAAGCUCAUGGUGGAUCAACAUUUUGUGCAAUAGCAGCACUAGUUUUAAUGGACAAACUGUAUGAAGCUUUUAAUGAAAAGGAAAUAAAACGUUUAAAACGAUGGUGUAUUAGUAGACAACAGACAGGAUUUCAGGGACGACCAAAUAAACCUGUCGAUACUUGUUACUCAUUCUGGGUUGGUGCAACAUUAAAGCUUUUAGAUAUGUUUGAAUUAACUGACAAAGGUUUCAAUAGAGGUUAUAUGUUAGAAACACAAAACAGUAUAACAGGAGGGUUUGCUAAAUGGCCAGAUCACACACCAGAUGCUCUCCACGCCUAUUUUGGAGUAUGUGGUAUGUCCUUGGUAGGAGAAGAGGGUAUACAACCAAUGCAUCCUGCACUUAAUAUAAGUCAGAGAGCAGCAGACCAUCUAGAAAACAUCCAUAAAUUAUGGCGAUCCAAGUCAUGAUAAUCAGUACUCUUAGGAAACAAGUUUUAACUAUAGCAUCUUAAUCUCCAUCUGAUUAAUGCACUAACCAUUAUUUAUUUUUAUGUUCUCAUAUUAUGAUAUGUAAGUCAGAAGAAUGCAUAGUAGCCACUGUUAUCUUCUUAUAAAUACCAUGUCUUUUUUAUGCUCUAGAAUAUUGUGUUUAAAUUAUGCUAUUUGACAUUUGCAUCUAUAGUAAGCUAAUUUUAAAAGCAAUAUUGACAUGAACUUGUGCCAAAAUUUCAAAAUACAAAAUCAAUGGAAUACCUCGAGUUGUAUUUAAAAAAAAUUCCAAACUUUUAAGGUUUAUCAUAGUAGUCUAUUUGUUCAUUUUUGAACUCUCUCUUAUAAUUUUAGUAUGUUAUCAAAAACAUUUUUUUGAUAUCUAUAAACAUAACAUCUCAUAUUUGUAUUUCCUUAACAGCAGCAGAACCUUGAUAUUCAUCAACGAUGUUCAAAGGAGUAUGCUGGAAAAAGCACUAAAUGGCCUCUAUUUCUAGCCUAACAUUUCAAUUGAUUUUCUUUUCAUGACUUCACAAAUAAUACAUACUUUGAUUUUCCAUUAAAAUUCAAAGAAAACAGUAUAAUUUUUCAUGUUUUUUUUAACUGGAUACAAAAAGGGCCUUUAAUAUAUUGUUUGUUAUAAAAUUUCAUGUAUUGAUAUUUGAAUUGAAUAUUUAGUUUGUCAAGAGCCUUUGCUCUCUGUUUCCUAGAACUAACUGAGUUUAUAGUAAGUUUAAUUGUUUAAGAGACUUUUAGAUUGGUGCAAAGAAGUACAAAAAUAUAUACUGUAAAUUCUGAAAUUAUUGCAAGGUUUUUAUUAUUGCGAAAAAUGCAAACACAAUAAUUUGAACUCGCAUUAUCAAAAAUUUUGUAUGAAUCAAACAGGAUUUUUCUGAAAUUCAUAAAAAUCAAAAUCGCAUUUAAGUCUAAAAUGACAAAAUCGCAAUAAUUUCUGAAUUUACAGUAUUGAAUUUAUAUUUGUUGGAAUAUUUAAGCAUAAUUGGAAUGAAUUUGAUUUGAAAUGUAAUGUAGUUGACAUGUUUUUCAAAGGUUAAAUAGUUUGAGGAGUAAUGUAGUUAACACAGAGGGCAACAUAUACAUUAUGCAAGGGUCAAGCAGUUGCAUAAUAAGUUAAGACUGUGUGAUAUACACCAGUCUUUGAAGAAAACAAUAAAUCUUCUCUAUUUGUUGUAGACGUGGUCUAACCUUUUAACAUGAGUAAGCAGGUGCCCUUCUGCAGCACUUGCUUUAACUUGAAUAAAUAUUCCUCAUACUUUCCUAUGCUCAUGAUUUUUAGAUCAGUUUUUUUCUUCUGUACACUGUCAUUGAUUUGCAUGUGCUAUAUAAUUUUAUCAGAAUAAGAUAUAUGUUUACAAUUAUAAAGAACACACUCACCAGAUAUUUAAUAACCAAUUUGUGAUAAAAAUUGACAAACUUUUGUAGUUGAUUAUUGUAAUCCAGAUUCAUUAAUUUGUGAUUUUGCUUUCUGAAAUAGGCAACUGAAGUAUUCUUUAGCUCAAAACAAGUGAAACAACUGUGAUAUCAUUUUCUUUUGGUGUUUACUGCUGCUACUUGGGGGUUUCAACCUGAAACAAUAGAACAGUGCCAAGUUACUAACUUUUAAGAAUUGCAAGUACAAGUAUCUUCAUAACUAUAUGUUUCAGCCAAUUGAAAAUAAAAUGUUAGUUCAAAUACUGUUCUGUGAUUUGGACUCAUUUAGACAAAGAUCUUACAAAUAGACAAUCCAUUGUUUCUACCUGUAACAUUCACUGAUUAACGAAUUUUGAACUACCCAGUGUCCAUUGAUGUUUUUAUGACUAUGAUGAGAAGAUUGGAUCACAAAAAAGGGAAAGACGAGAUGCUGUGUGUCUUAACUUUUUAAUAAAUGGUGAAACAAGUUUCUUUUAAAUGAUGCACGAUUGAAAGUAGGGCAAAUCUGUAGAUUAACAUGAUAUAUAAGGAAUGUUCCUUUGUUUGUUAAAUAAAACACUGUUUAGUUUUUCUUCAUGCUUAUCCCUGUAUGAAAUAAACCUUCCAUCUAUCAAGCAUAUAUUUGUAAUUUUUAUUCUAAUAAUAAAAGUGUUUAUGGA